UAGAAUUAAAAGAUAUGGUAGUAAGAGAGAGAUGAGGACAUCUACUCACAGCUUGACUCUAUUUAUGUUAUUACUUUCCUUAUCUCACCGUCACAAAUCACAAUUCUCCUCUUCAACUUUUCUUUUCUUCUCUUCUCUUAUCUUCUCCCAUUCUCAAGUUUCCUCAGCAACCAAAUAAAGAAAAGUCCUUCAUCAAAUGGCUGAUUCCAUCACAACGAGCUCUCCUUUGUUGGAUGAUCAUUAUGAAGAUAACAGAGGAAGGAGGAGACGAUCAUCGAGUUGGGUUCAAAAAGUGAUCGACGUGGAAGAAUCAAAGGCUCAAAUUAUCUACUCUCUUCCUAUGAUAUUCACAAAUCUUUUCUUUUAUUGUAUCCCUUUAACCUCUGUGAUGUUUGCUUCUCAUCUCGGCCAACUCGAGCUCGCCGGUGCAACCCUCGCCAAUUCUUGGGCCACCGUCACCGGUUUUGCCUUCAUGACAGGGUUAAGUGGAGCACUUGAGACAUUGUGUGGACAAGGCUUUGGUGCUAAAAGCUACAGAAUGUUGGGGAUUCAUCUACAAUCAUCUUGCAUCGUCUCAUUAGUUUUCACCAUCCUCAUCUCCAUCUUCUGGUUCUUCACAGAAUCGGUCUUCGGGUUUCUCAGGCAAGAUCCUAACAUAUCAAAACAAGCUGCACUCUAUAUGAAGUACCAAGCUCCCGGUUUACUCGCUUACGGGUUCUUGCAAAACAUUCUGAGAUUUUGCCAAACACAAUCCAUCGUUACUCCACUAGCCAUCUUCUCUUUUCUACCCUUGGCGAUUAAUAUCGUUAUAGCAUAUGUACUGGUUUAUUUGUCCGGCCUUGGAUUCAUUGGUGCUCCAAUAGCUACAUCUAUCUCAUUGUGGAUAGCUUUACUUUCUCUAGGAACUUAUGUGAUCUGUUCAGACAAGUUUAAGGAAACAUGGACUGGGUUCUCGUUGGAAUCAUUCCGUUAUGUAGUAAUAAACUUGACUUUAAGUCUCCCUUCUGCUGCUAUGGUAUGUUUGGAAUAUUGGGCUUUCGAGAUUCUUGUGUUCUUGGCAGGAUUGAUGCCUAAUCCGGAAAUAGCCACCUCUUUGGUAGCUAUAUGUGUCAACACGGAAUCCAUUAGCUACAUGUUAACAUAUGGACUAAGCGCAGCUGCAAGUACUCGUGUGUCGAACGAGCUUGGAGCAGGAAAUGUAAAAGGCGCAAAGAAAGCGACGUCUGUAACCAUUAAGUUGUCUUUAGUUCUUGCUCUUGGCGUAGUGGUUGCACUACUUAUAGGUCAUAAUGGUUGGGUUGGGCUAUUCAGCAAUAGCCCUAUGAUCAAAGAAGAGUUUGCAUCACUGAGAUUAUUUCUUGCUGCCUCUAUAACUCUUGAUUCGAUCCAAGGUGUACUAUCAGGAGUGGCCAGAGGAUGCGGAUGGCAACAAAUGGUCACGGUUAUAAACUUGGGAACAUUCUACUUAAUUGGAAUGCCUAUUGCAGCCUUUUGUGGUUUUAAGUUGAAGUUUUAUGCCCAGGGUUUGUGGAUUGGUUUGAUUUGUGGUUUAUUUUGCCAAUCAUCAUCUCUCAUGCUUAUGACAAUUUUCCGGAAGUGGACAAGGCUGAAUGCUUCGGUCUAAAAUCUAGUUCCAUUCUCUCUACGUAGGCACAAUUCUUUUGUUAAACAAAUAUGGAACAGAAUUUUGAUAUUUUUGGAUUGAUAAUCUUUCUCAAUUUUCUCUCAGUUUCUUGGAAUGUAAUCUUCGCUGAAUAUUUCAGCAUCACACUAAAGCUUAUCACUGAAACCAACUUCUUGUUGGAUUCUUCUCAAACUAGUAAAACAUGGGAGAUUGUUACCUAAUGAAUACUGUUGAAAAUUCUAAUUUUGCAUCCAUAUCUAUCAAACUAGCGUAUGAAGGUCUGCAAAUUCCCAAAAAAAAAAAACAAGAAGAAAUUUUUAGAAAAGAUGAAAAUGUUAGAAGGCGAGAAGGCGAUAAGGUGUUUUUUUGUUAUGUUUUUGAAAGAACACAUAAUGCUCUCUCUACUACUGACGUGGCAUUCAACAGUUGGCCCUUGUUGAUUCCUCACCUUCACAAAUCACACAAUUCUUCUCUUCUCCCUUCAGCAACCAAACAGAGCAAGAUCCUUCAUCAAGAGUAUCCAAUGGCUAAUCCCAUCACAACGAACUCUCCGUUGUUCUUGGAUGAUCAUGAAGAAGAUGAUAGAGGAAAGAGAUCCUGGGUUCAAAAAGUGAUCGACGUCAAAGAAUCAAAGGCUCAAAUUAUGUACUCUCUUCCAAUGAUAUUCACAAAUCUUUUCUACUAUUGUAUCCCUUUGACCUCUGUUAUGUUUGCUUCCCACCUCGGUCAACUCGAGCUCGCCGGUGCAACCCUCGCCAAUUCUUGGGCCACCGUCACCGGUUUUGCCUUCAUGAUGGGAUUAAGUGGAGCACUUGAGACAUUGUGUGGACAAGGCUUUGGUGCUAAAAGCUACAGAAUAUUGGGGAUUCAUCUACAAUCAGCUUGCAUUGUCUCAUUAACCUUCACCAUCCCCAUCUCCAUAUUCUGGUUCUUCACAGAAAUGGUGUUGAGACUUCUAAGACAAGAUCCUAACAUCUCAAAGCAAGCUGCACUCUAUAUGAAGUACCAAGUUCCCGGUUUACUCGCCUACCGUUUCUUGCAAAACAUUCUAAGAUUUUGCCAAACACAAUCCAUCGUUACUCCUCUAGUCAUCUUCUCUUGUGUUCCCUUGGUGAUCAAUAUCGUUAUAGCAUAUGUACUGGUUUAUUUGGCCGGCCUUGGAUUCAUUGGUGCUCCAAUAGCUACAUCUAUCUCAUUGUGGAUAGCUUUACUUUCUCUCGGAACAUAUGUGAUCUGUUCAGACAAGUUUAAGGAAAUAUGGACCGGGUUCUCGUUGGAAUCAUUCCGUUAUGUAAUAGUAAACUUGACUUUAAGUCUUCCUUCUGCUGCUAUGGUAUGUUUGGAAUAUUGGGCGUUCGAGAUUAUUGUGUUUUUGGCAGGACUGAUGCCUAAUCCGGAAAUAGUCACCUCUUUGGUAGCUAUAUGUGUCAACACGGGAGCGGUUUGCUACAUGUUAAUAUAUGGACUUAGCGCAGCUGCAAGUACUCGUGUGUCGAACGAACUUGGAGCAGAAAAUGUAGAAGGCGCAAAGAAGGCGACUUCUGUAACCAUUAAGUUAUCUUUAGUUCUUGCUCUCGGCAUAGUGGUUGCUUUACUUGUAGGUCACGAUAGUUGGGUUAGGUUAUUCAGCAAUAGCCUUGUGAUCAGAGAAGAGUUUGCAUCAUUGAGGUUCUUUCUUGCUGCCUCUAUAACUAUUGAUUCGAUCCAAGGUGUUCUUUCAGGAGUGGCCAGAGGAUGCGGAUGGCAACAAAUGGUCACGGUUAUAAACUUGGGAACAUUCUAUUUCAUUGGAAUGCCUAUUGCAGCCUUUUGUGGUUUCAAGUUGAAGUUUUAUGCCCAAGGUUUGUGGAUUGGUUUGAUAUGUGGUUUAUUUUGCCAAUCAUCAUGUCUCUUUCUUAUGACAAUUCUCCGGAAUUGGACAAAGCUGGAUACUUCGGUCUGAAAACUAGUUCCAUUUUCGUUUGUUAAGUAUAUAUGGAACAAAACAUUUCAAAGAAUAUGUUAAUAUUUUUGUAUUAAUAUUUUUGUAUCAAUAUUUUCUCUUUGUUUCUUGGAAUGUAAUUGUCGCUCGAAUAUUCCAGCAUCACUCUUAGCAUAUCACUGAAACCAAC